AUGAAGUCGCGCGUAGACGCUGAGAAAGAGGUUCGAUCCUGGGGCUUCGACCAUGUCUUCACAUGGACAGAUCAAGCGAAUGCCCACUACCCGCCUCAUAGACACGCAGGGCUGACAACCCAUCUGAUUCUGUCCGGAGAGCUCACCAUUACGUAUCCUGACGACCCAAACGCGAAGAAAGAGACAUUUGGUCCGGGAGCUCGAGUCGAUGUGGACGCCAGAAAGAAGCAUGAAGUAUGGAUGGGACGUGAAGGGUGCACAUACGUAAUCGGGGAAUAA